UGGGAAUUUCCAACAGCUGAGGAGGCGUAGCUAGUAGUCACAGCUAGCACUAGUAAAAGAUUGAAGACAACAAGUAUUUCAACAUUGAAAAAGGGUUCUUCAAGAUGAGUGACCUUGAACUCUGCACAAGCUGAACCCAGUGAAUGGAAUAAACUCAACUCUGCAACUCUUAACAGGGCGUGAAGAAGAAGCUCCUCCUGACCUCAUCUUGCAUGACAUAGGCCUGUUUGUCUGGAAACAAGUAAGGCUUUGAGUCGACACCAGAGAUGCCUGUUAGAACGCAUCCCUACAGGCUGCAGCCUAGCUACGCUAACUGAAUUGUCAGCAUCUUUUUCUCAAUUCUCAUUCACCUGUCCAAAACCUCAUUAAUGUUGAGUGUGUGCCAGCGUGUACAGUGAUGGUGAUAAUGGUGACCAAAAAUGAUGCUUGAAUGUGGCACCAAGGAGCAGGGUAUGCGAAAAGGGGUGCGGCUCUCUCAGAAAAGUAUAACAGCUGACUGAUAGUCUGCUGUUGAUAAUGGAUGCCAAAUUAAAAGAGGACCUGUUUCGGAGGUAUGUGACUGCACUGGAGAGGCGUCUGGAGGGUGGAGGGGAAUACACAAGGAAAGGAAAUGCACCAGAAGGGGACAGAGGGCGAUACAAGGACAGUGAGGCCCUACUCUCCACGGCCACUGCCCUGCUAGGGGCCUACCAGCCUGAUCCAGGACAACGAUUUCGAAUGGUGCGUUUCUAUGAAGUGGUUGAGAGUUCUCUCCGUUACCAGAGAGGAGGAAACUUAAGGGGUCUGGAAAGAGCUUUUCGCACGUUGGAAACUAUCUGCACCAAUCUCUUGCUGUUCCCCUGGAAGAAGGAGUUCAGGUGUAUAAAGACCUUCACUGGCCCAUACGUGUAUCAUCUGCAGUCUGCCAUUACUGAUGCUGAACUCCGAGCUCUAAUGCGUACUAUUGGCUACGCCUGUGACUACGAUUCACAGUUUCAUUUGCAGGAGCACCCAGGUGGCACAAAUCAUCUCCGUCAGUUGGCGUUUGAGCUUUUCCUGGCCCAAGCAGAGUGUCGUCUCCUGGGAGAGGUAGUGGCUCUGGCCCGAGGUUCGGCCUCAGAGAUGGAAGCGCUGGAACUGCGCAGAGGUUGCAGGGAUGACGCAGCCGGCUGUGCAGAGGCCCUCCGUAGACGCGACAGCCUUGGGGCUGAUAUGGCUCGCCUGUCUGUGCGGCCACUGGAUAUAGAGAGGCCUCAUGCCCACCACCUGAGGCGAGGUAGUCGGCCAUCUAAAUCUGUGGAUGUCACAGAUGGGGCUGGUCACUGGCACCCAGCUGUAAGCAAGCCUGUUUUGAAGGCCUCAUUGAGUCUGAGAAAGGAGCCUCUGUUUGUUGAUGCAGAAGAGGAUAUGAAGGAUGAGAUCAUCAGGCCCUGCACUUCAGCAUCGCUCUUCUCUGUGGCAGCUCCACCUUCCUAUAGCCCUGUUGCGGAUUUCUUUCCUAUUCAGUCCCCUCCUCCGGCUGAUGCUUACACCUCCUACCACCUGUCCUCCUUGGAUGAAAUUGACUUGUACACUGAGAGGGGUGGAACUGGGACAGGAGGAAGACAGAUCCCUUCUCGACCUCCAUCGAGAGAGCCUCGGGAUUCAAGGGAGGCGUGGUUGCUCAAAGCUCAUGGUAGUGUGAAGUGUCAGGGCUGUGGCAUCGGCUGCUCCUCUAUGGCCUCCUGCCAGAGAUGUGACAUGAUCCUCUGUUCUUCCUGUCAUGAUGUGGAUCCCUCCCCUUGCUGCGGCCUACAGGAGUACCACCCAAAAUCCUCACGACCCCUUGAUGGAUACAUUCCUGUCAAAGAAAAGCUCUCUGUCUACUCCAAUACACACUCCCAUGCCCUUCUCCAUCCACACCCCCUCACACUGACACACUCACACUCUCACCCCCACCCUCACCCCCAGAUGGUGGAGAAACCCCUCAUGUCCACGAAGCUGUUUCCGAGCAAGUCAGUUGCCUUGACAACGCCAAAGGGAGGCAGCAGUGAGCGAAUAAGCUUGGGGGGAUCGCGAUGCGGGUUCUGCAACAAGCCAAGUGCAUCACACACAUGUGUGAAUUGCUCUAAGGUGUCAUGUGACUCAUGCAUGGGUUUGUACGCAAAGGAUAUGUGCACACGAAAGAAUCCCCAGCACAGCUUUGUUCCCAACCAUCAGCUCAACUUUAAAUCUGGCACCAUAUCUCACCUGGUGUACCGAUAAAUCUGGAAGAUGGAAUAUUUGUUUCUCCCUUGUAGUCCCCUUUCUCAACCCUGCUGCAUAGUCUUGCACAAUUGCUUUAGCUCCGUUCCUGUUUAACAGCUUAUUCACUACCUUUCCCUGUUAUCUGAUGGUCUUUUGCUCUCUAAAUCUCUCUUGAACUUUGUACAUUUUUCUCCGGCUGUCAGAUUGGCCUUGGAAUGCACAUGCCACAGAGAGCCAUAUCGUCCGCCCAUCUCUUUACCUUGUACAAGUUCAGGCCUUUUAUCAAUUUCUUCUUCCUUUUUUCUUGCUACCUGCUCUUGAGUAGUCAUGUGAUGUUCUAGCGCUUCCCAAAUUCCUCAAAUUCUGUCCUCAAAAGGGAAACUGGAGAAAAGAGUUUAAAUCUUUCUAAUUUUUAAUGAAUUCCGUCCAAUUGACAUAUAUACUUUGCCUCCUCAGCUAACAACUCUUCUAGUAUAUAAAUAUAAAUAGAUAUAUAUAGAUAUAUACAGUAUAUGUGUGAGUGUGUGAGAGAAUGAUAGUGUGGAUUUGAGUGUGUGUAGAAAAGAGCUCUACGCUUGCAUUGUGAAAAAGGAGAUCUUUUUAAACUUGAAGAAUAGUAGGGAAAAAAAGA